AUGUGGAAAGUGCGGCCUCCUGAUGAGCCUGAGCCGGAGCUCGGCCAGGAAGACAAGAGUACUCAAACCCCAGAUUUAUCCUCGACAUGGGGGCCAGUUACUAGUCCUUACGCGGAUGAUAAGGCUAUUCAUGAUGAACUUGAACGGCUGCGUCAGGGACUCAAAACCGCGAACGAAAAUGCAGAGGUCCGUUACAAGGGUAGGCUUUUUGCAGAGGAGCAGUCUCGUCAACGAGGCAAGCUGCUCGAAAAUACUAUUCAGGAAGCAAAUGCAGCUAGAAAGGAGAACCGGAUCCUCAUGACUAAAAUAGCAAGCCUACAAGCUGGAGCUGAGACUUUGUCCGACGAAGAAGCCAAGCGAGAGAUGUCUCUUCUCUAUCAUGAUCUUGAGUACUGGAGAUUUACUCAUUUUACAGCAAAGCCAUCAGCUGAACAAAGGAACGAUCCCACGCCAAGACCAGAGAGCCCCGAUAUCUUGACAUUGGAUAUUAUCCAAUCAGACAUUGCUGGGCUGAUUUAUGGAUCAUUUUGGAAUCGAUUUAUGGUUGGAGCUGAGCAUCCUCGGAGCGAUUAUCUCCGCACGGCCGACUCCGAAGUAAAUAAACGAUGUAAGCGACCAGAAAAGGAUCACUAUUAUCACUGUUUUCUAACACCAGAAGUUUCUAACCACAUUUACCGCCACUGGCGAUGUGCGAUGAGCACUGUCAUGCUAUCCAUGGAAACCCAUGGUUUACAAGAACAGUGCAACUGGAUCAUCGAGCAGGUAGAAUUCUGCUUCGGUCGCUACGCUGUCACCGACAAACUAAAGCGAAUGCGACAGCUACACGACAUUAUUGCGCGCUGCAUCACACUCAAGCAUAGAUUGGAGUGCCAGAAAGACACGUACAUCUUCUGGAGCAGUCACCAAUUCGGGCCAUUCCGGGAUGAGAACAUGCGUACCCUCAUAGAGGAGGAUGACUCGGAUGGACUCGUUGGGUCUAGCCUAUGGCCUGCCUUAUGGAAGAUUAUUCAGCCAGGCAAAUGGUCCAUAGUCGAAAAGGAGAUUGUGAAAAAGAUUCCCCCACUGAUUCCUUCUAUUGAAAUGAUCGAUGAGAUGGAAUCUCAUCAAGGCGACACAGAUUUGGAUGAACUUUAG